GGUACACCAAGUUCCAUAUUAAAUACGGGCUUGUAUUAAAUUUCCUUAAAGAGUGCUUUGUUUUAUUUAACUUUUUUUUAUAUAUUGCAAUUUUAUAAAUGAAGGUUGUGACAACACUGGUAGUUGGAAUUCUACUUUCAGCAUGCACCGCAUAUACAACUAUACGAGGUCUGAGACCUUGGGCACCUAAAGUAUUGGACAUGUGUUUCCACCAUCCUGAUCAAAUUCGCGCCAAUUUCACCAAUGUGUCAACUACAUUAGACAGUCUCGUUUGUUUUUAUGUCAAGUACCAUCAACAAGCUUUGCAUGACAUUAUAGGUGCACCGCUGAAACGCAUCAAUAUGAUGACAUUUGCCACUGUCUAUGUCCUUAUGGCCUUGGAGGGGUCUCGUAAAGGCUUUAAAAGCUCCACCCUCUUAAUUUCUUUCCCCGUCUUGGGUCUUCUAGCCAAUCUUAUUGGUAUGCCCAUCGUCUUUCUUAUAAUUUGGGUCCCCCUUUAUUUCCACUACUGGGAGUCCCCCAAAAAAAUGGACUUGUCUAUCACGAUGCCCCAAGUGUACGGCGUUUUACUGGGUAUUCUUUUAGGUUAUGUCUUGCCGAGCGCCUUGAUUUCAUCACCUUACAUUGCCAAUAACUCCAUGUUAGAAGGCGAUCUAUUGUGUAUCUGGCAAGUAUUGCCAAUUUUGAUCGUACCUUUAUUCGGACAUAUCGAAAGACUCUUUGCGAAAAUGGGAUCUUCCGUAGACGGUGUGGAACAAGCCGAUUUAAAGAAGCGACUAACUGAUGUGCAAGGAAAAGAUGCUUGCGAACGCACUUACUUGUUACUGGGUGUUCUCAACAUGCUGGUAUGGUAUGGCUCCUAUUUAAUAAUAGCUCACCAAGGUAUUCAUCUUAAGGAUUCGCUUCUGUUGCUUUUAAAUGCACCUGGUCAACUUCCUGCCGGUUUGAAUUUUACUGAGCUGGGGCAACUUUUGGGCGCACGUACCAUCUUGGUGGAAUGUAUAGCCUUUAUCGUUUCAUUUGUACUUUGGGCUACAUUUCAAAGUGGUCUCCUUGUUGGUCUUGUUGUUGCUGUCGCUACACCCUUGAUGGGUCCUGGUGCGGCUUUAGCGUUUUAUUCUUACUACCGAGAAGGUCAAAUUCCUUUAUAAAUUAUAU